GUUCAAUUCGGCCCAGUAUUAAAUUAGUAAUUGCGAGUAACAAAGUGUACUUAAUCGAGUAACAAGUCCCAUCGCAUUUGCAGAAAAUAUCUGGUCUGAUAAGUGGCGCCAUCCUAAGGUGUACUCCCACAACGAAAAAACAAUUAACUUAAGUCAGCCUGUCAGCAUUGUCAGCAAAGGAGAUAACAAAGCAGCCAAGCUAAAGAGUAACAACGUAAUUUCCAAAUAGCAUACUUCCGUUCUUGGUUCCAUCACUUUCCAUCUCCUUUUCAAGCAGUAUGGAGUGGGUGAAUCGUGGUCAUGGAGAUUAUAGUCUCCAUGAUCCGGUUGUUGACCUAUCAUUAUUAUAAUACCAUGGGCUUCUACGUCGAAUACGUAUUAUCUCCUUUUCCCCGCUUUUUGGGGUUAUUAUUACGUUUCUUCGACAAUUUCAAUAACGAACAAUUGUUGACCACGGUGACUUAUCAAUUUUUAUAACUACGACAAGAUGAAGAGAAUCGUUCUCUUUGUGAAUGGCACCGACGUUAAUGGAAAGGUUUUUUUGGUUCCAAACUCAUUAGACGAGUUACUCGUACAAGCCAGUGUGAAAUUUAAUAUAAAUGCUCAAAGGCUUUUUAUCCAUAAUGGUGGUGAAGUGGAUGACAUCAGUUUAAUUAGAGAUAAUGACAUUUUGUAUGUAUCAAGUGGAGAAGACUUUGUCUUGAUCAACAGAUUAAUUACAGAUCAACAGCCAUGUGACAAAAAUUCUGAAUGGAUAAUGCUUAAUGUUGGAGGUAAAUGCUUUUCAACUACGAGAAGCACAUUGAUUAAUAAUGAACCUACAAGUAUGUUAGCAAGUAUUUAUUACAGGAUGUUCAAUAAUAAUGAAAAAAACAAAUGGAAUAUGUUACCAAGUCAGCAGGAUCAUAAUGGAGCAUACCUGAUUGAUCGAAGUUCAACUUAUUUCGAACCACUGUUGAAUUAUUUGAGGCAUGGUCAGCUAAUAAUAGAUCCAGGUUUAAAUCCUGCUGGUCUUUUAGAAGAAGCUAGAUUUUUCAGGAUAGAAGGAGCAGUUGAAAUUUUAGAGGAAAUGGUAAAAGAAGAAGAUAAAAAGGAUAGAGAAACUGUAUUACUAACUAGAAGAGAUGUUUUAAAAGCCUUAAUGAUUUCUCCAAGAAAUUCAGAGUUGAGAUUUCAAGGCGCAAAUUUAGAAGGAGCUGACCUGUCAAGGUUGGAUUUGAGGAACAUCAAUUUUAAGUACGCGAACCUUCGUCGCUGUGACCUGUACGCAGCGAACCUGUCGGGCUGCUGCUUAGAGCGCGCGGACCUGUCAGAUGCAAAUAUUGAGAAUGCCCAGCUGGUUUGCGUGAAAAUGCUGUGCGCCAAUCUUGAAGGUGCCAACCUCACUUCCUGCAAUUUCGAAGAUCCCGGCGGUUUACCUGCCAAUAUGGAGGGCGUCAAUCUCAAGAACGCUAAUAUGGAGGGUAGCAAUAUGUCUGCGGUUAAUCUGAGGGUGGCCACCUUGAAAAAUGCGAUUCUAAAAAAUUGCGUUUUGAGGUCGGCUGUACUUGCUGGCGCUGAUCUCGAGAACUGUGACUUGUCUGGCUCGGAUCUUCACGAGGCGAAUCUGCGCGGUGCGAAUCUCAAAGAUGCUGCGUUCGAGUUGAUGCUCACACCACUUCACAUGUCGCAGACGAUACGGUGAGCUUAUAUCGACGACUCGCUUUCAUUAUUUGUAUGAACUCAAUAUGAAUGUGAGAGGAUGAUAAGUCUGGACUUAUUUAUCAUAUGUAUGCGGAAGCUUGUGGUUAUGAUUUUUUAUAUUUUGUAACGACGUAUGACUACUUUCUAUGGUUAUGGUGUAACAAAAUUACGAAUACAAUUUUAACAGAUAAAUACGCACUAAUGCACAGAAUCCUUAAAUGCAUUCGUAGUUAUAUUUAUUAAAUGGAAAUUUGAUUUUUCGAAAGAAAUAUUUUGAAAAAAUAUUUUUAUUUAGAUUAAAAACCACGUAAAUAUGAUUAAUUUAUAUAAAUUGAUUUAUUUGAAUAUAAUAAUAAAUGAACAAUAAUAAAUUCAAAACUUGAAAUAUUUGUAUUGUUGCAAUAGGUAUUAAAACUAAUACUGUCACGGGUUACAUAAACCCGAAACGUUCAAUUAGCGUCAGCACGUUGCAUUACAAAGCGCUUAUACACCGCGAUAGCACAUGUUUCUCACCACGGUUACUUAAGGAGCGCAGCGGGGCAAAGUAAUCGCUAAUUAAGAUGUAAUUGUAGAGCAUGGCAACCAAGAUUUAUUAGCAUUCAUUGUCGAGAAAAGAAACUAUUGUUAGUUUGAAUUGAGGACACUGGAUUUUCUUUUGGUACGUUGGCAUCUGUCUCUUGUGUCUUAACUGGUAUAUAAUGGGGUAUCUGCAUUGGCAUAGGAACUCUACUUAUUUCUUCUUGGGAUUUUUCAUUUUCUUUCUGCAUUGAAUGGCCUAGGUGGAUAAGGAAAGUUGUGAGACUAUUCCAUAUGGCACCAAAAAGUUAAUAGGACCACCCAUAAAUACUAUGUAAAGCCAUACCAUUGAUAAAGAUUUCUAUGACCUGUGACGUCGGGGUCACUCUCAGGUACGCUUGGAGUAAGUGUAAACUCAGGGUUGCUCUGAUUUGGCUAGUGUGUAACACAUAAGCCGGGACGAGCAAUAUUGUUGCGUUGAGAAAACUGUAUGCUAACGGGGAAUGUAAUAACCAAAUGUUAUUACGAACACACCAGACUCACGCUUAAUGUGUUCAUAAGGGACUUUAAUGGAAAUUCACCAGACUCACGCUUAAUGAAUUUCCAAAAGAAAGGCGGAUUGCUUAAAGAAAGAAAAGGAUAGCCAGAUUUAAGAUUUUACUUGCUUUUAUUUUAUCAAAUCAGUUAUUAGUAAAGUUGCGUUCUCUCUGCUCUUUGGCCUCUUUCUCUCUCUAUAUGCUCUGAAUAUACUUGGGUGAUUUUUCUUCUUUGAUGCUUCCUCCGGGACUCUCUCACUGGUAAUUACUUUUUAUUAGGGACUUCCUGGUGCUCACUCCGCACUUACUCUAUCUGACUCUAACUUACU